AAAAAAAUUCAAACGCUCUUAAUUCCCAUUCCCAAUAAAGAGGAAAGCAAGACGCGUUUUGCAAAUCUAGUCUUGUGAAAUAACAGAAAUUGUUGUCUUUGUUUUUAGGAAAAUCUAAAUUGUUUGUUAGUUAUACGAAAAAGACUUUUAUCUAAAUAUGCCUGCAAUAACAGACUUAACAACAGGAUGCAUGGAGAUGAUUAUGACUGGCGGUGAUUGUGAAAAGCCGGUCCUUCAGAUUUUAGGAACCAAAAAGAUAUCUGGAGGUGAAAAUGAACGUUAUCGUCUUCUCGUAUCCGAUGGCAAAUACUUGAAUAGUUUCGCUAUGUUAGCCACACAGUUGAAUGAUUUAUACAAGGAGGGGAACCUUGUGGAGUACACUAUAAUUCGCGUUGACCGCUACAUUACUUCCAUGGUAAAUAAAUCGGAUAAAGUUGAUAAACGAGUUCUUAUUAUUCUGGAAUUAACUGUUAUGAAUCACGGAGCCGAAGUCGGUAAGAAGAUUGGAAAUCCCGUUCAAUUCACAGGCGAAGCAAGCAAACCUGCCGCAGCAUCCGCCCCCGCUGUGGCACCAAAAUUAGAAAAGGAAUCAACAUACGGAUCAAAAACAACCAAUGGCAACUCAUACAGCAGUUCAACAAGCAACACAAUCAACUAUAAUAAUAACACUUCAAUGAAUCAAUCAAUUAAUCCUUCGACGACUGCUCCUAUAUCAAGUUUAACGCCAUACCAAAAUAAAUGGGUUAUCAAAGCUCGAGUUACAGCGAAAUCUGGCAUUCGUACCUGGAACAAUGCUAAAGGUGAAGGAAAACUCUUCAGUAUGGAUUUAUUGGAUGAGUCUGGAGAAAUUCGUGCUACUGCAUUCAAGGAACAAUGCGAUAGAUAUUACGAUAUGCUUGAAGUCGACAAAGUCUAUUAUUUCUCAAAGUGUCAAUUGAAACCUGCAAAUAAGCAAUAUUCUACACUUAAAAAUGACUAUGAGAUGACUUUUACUGGCGAAACAUUGGUUCAGCCUUGCGAAGACGAAAGUGAUGGCAUUCCACAAGUUCAAUAUAAUUUGGUUCCUAUUUCACAGAUUGCUAGUAUAGAACCGAAAGCUGCCGUUGAUACUAUUGGUAUUUGUCGAGAUGUUGGUGAACUACAAACGUUUACUUCAAGGGCAAACAAGGAAUUCAAGAAGCGAGAACUAACUCUUGUGGAUUUAAGCAAUGCUGCGGUACAAUUGACGCUAUGGGGUGAUGAAGCAGAAAAAUUCGAAAGCGGAUCGCAACACGUUAUUUUAAUCAAAGGAGCCCGCGUUUCCGAAUUCGGUGGUGGAAAAAGUUUAAGCAUGGGAGCCGGUUCGGUUAUGAAAAUAAAUCCAGACAUUCCAGAGGGACACAGACUUCGUGGAUGGUUUGAUAAUGGUGGCGGUGCCAACAUUUCCAACAGUGUCUCUACUAGAACUGGUGGUGGUUCGUACAACACCGAUUGGAUAUCAUUCUAUGAAGCACGGACCAAAAAUCUUGGUACUGGAGAAAAGCCAGACUACUUCCAGUGCAAAGCUGUUGUAAGAUUGAUUCGAAGCGCAAAUUCGACCUACAAAGCAUGUCCGCAGCCGGAUUGUAAUAAGAAAGUAAUUGAUGAGAACAACGGUCAUUAUCGUUGUGAAAAGUGUAACGCUAUGUUCCCCAACUUCAAAUACAGACUUUUGGUCAAUAUGGAAAUUGGCGAUUGGACAUCAAGCCGCUGGGUGACAUGUUUCAGUGAUUUGGGCGAACAGUUGUUGGGUAAAACAUCUCAAGAAAUUGGCGAAGCUCUAGAAAAUGAUCCACAGGAAGCUGAACAGAUAUUUUCAUCAAUUAAUUUCCAUGAAUUUGUAUUCAAACUGAGAUCUAAAGUUGAAACUUAUGGUGAUACACCAAGAAAUAAAUUAACCGCAGUUGCUGCAACUCCGAUCAACUACAAAGAAUAUAACAAAUACUUGAUUAACAGCUUAAAAGAAUUAACCGGGAUUGGAAAGAAUCAAUAAUUUUUCUAUUUUGUUGCGUUAUGUUCUGUUUUUCUAUUUCUUUUUAUUAUACUUUUUAUGCGUAUUAUUUUUAAUGUUUAUUGUAAUCCCCCCAAAUAUGAAUUUAUAAAAUUAUUACAGUUAA